UUGUGGUAUAUUUAACACUGUUCGAGUCUAAAGAGCCUGAAAGUUGCGGUGAAACGGCUGAAUGUUGGCCCAUUGAUGUUGGGGACGGCUAAAAGAGGAAGCGCGUGUUUUGGUAACCAGAAGAACUCAGUCGGGUGGAGUCAUUUUUCCCCUAACCUCAACAUGCUAGUUAUGUUGACCACAUCUAGCAUGAUAAGGCUUUGGUGCAUGUGCUUUGUUGCAUCUACUUUGAGAGGAAGCGUGUAUUUUGGCAACGAAACAAAAUUCAUAAUAAGUAUUUUUUUCCCCCCAGCACUUUUCCCAAAGCCUUAUCAUGCUAGAUGUGGUCAACGUAAGUAGCAUGAUGAGGCUUUGGUGCAUCUACUUUGAGAGGAAGCGUGUAUUUUGGCAACCAAAACAAAAUUCGUAAUGAAUGUGGGCGUCGCUCACAGCGAGGUAAACCCCAACACACGGGUGAUGAACAGCAGAGGGAUAUGGCUCACCUAUCUGCUGCUCACUGUCGUGUUGCACAUCGUCCUGCUCAGCAUCCCUUUCUUCACUGUCCCGCUGGUCUGGACACUAACUAACGUCAUCCACAAUCUGGUGAUGUACCUGUUUCUGCACACAGUGAAGGGCACUCCCUUUGAAACACCAGACCAAGGCAAAGCCCGUCUGCUCACACACUGGGAACAGAUGGAUUACGGCGUCCAGUUCACAUCUUCACGCAAAUUUCUUACAAUCUCACCAAUUGUUCUAUAUAUUCUUGCAAGUUUCUACACAAAAUACGAUCCUACGCAUUUCCUCAUCAACACGUGCUCGCUCCUUAGCGUCCUCCUCCCAAAGCUGCCUCAGUUUCAUGGAGUACGGAUAUUUGGGAUCAACAAGUACUGACAGAACACUGGAUUUUAACCUUCAACACUGGACUGUUUCAAUUUUAGAGGCUGCAAAAGAAGACAAUCUGUUUAAAUGGUCUGAACAUGUACACAUUGUUUGGAGUAUUACAUGAAAGUUGCUUGCAGCCUGGUGAAAGUAAAUGCACUGCUGCUGUUUCAUCAAAGUAAACGAUGACAUUCCCGAUGUAAAGGCCAGACAUGUUUGCUCUCGUCUUGGAGAAAGAGCAUAUUUGUAACUGCACUGCUUUCACAUGUAGCUUUUCUACAGAUGUUGGUUGUUGUCAUGAAUGUAAAUGAAUAUUUUUGAUUCAUGUCGCAAAUGGCACUUGAAAGUUUUCUUUUUCUUAAUUUACUAUGAAGGAUUAACAUGCAGCAUGCAUUUACAUGCCCAUAAUAAUAAAUAAUAACCAUUUUGCCAUGAUAAACAUAAUCAUGUAAUGUUUGAUUCAACAGCAGGGUGUCUGUUAUCUUUAUUUCACAGAAUCUAGUGGGAAAAGUGCAAAAUCCCAUUGUACAGAGGUGUGCAGGAAUCAAAUCCUACCAAAAUCUCUAUUAUAAAUGAUCAAUUGUAGGUCAGUGUACAAGCUCCGGGGAAAUCCAGACACUUUACAUGAAGCAGCCAUGUGGGGGCCAUCACAGAGUUUGCAAUAUACUCGUAUAUCCAAGGGAUUCUCCCCCUUCCGCAUGCACCGUGGUCGCGUUUGCAUUGCAGCGAGGUUUCCCUGUUUGUGACGCUCUUUGGGGAAGUAGCGAAAGAAAAAGGAGCGACGUGUGAAUGUGAUUACACUGCCAAACAGUGCCUGGGAAACACAUGCAAAUAACACCAGCUGUUUCAAACAAGUUGUGUAAUCGAGUGUAAUCAUUUGCAAAAGUGGUAUUUGGGUUGUUCCCUGUCUCCAAAUGUUGUGAAGGCAGACGUAUAAUGUAAAGAAGCCAGAGAUGGAAUGCACAGGGCAGCCGGGUUUAAAUGUCAAAAUGUCCCCAAUACAUCAGAAAUGGCUCACUGAAACUAGAGAGUGGGAGAGAAAGAAUGAAUACAAUGUUUUAGCUCUAACGUAUACUUAAAGCUGCCUGAUUGAAGAUAACACUGUGUGGCUUUAACAGCAAGUUAGGUCCACUGCAGUUUUUCCCUGUUCUGUUUCCACUUUCAGUUUAUUGUGAACUUAGUAAAACCUUGAGAAGAUACGUACCGUAUAUUUAAACACUUGACUCAACAUUGCAUAUGUAAUGCGAGUGUUUGCCAGUCAUGACUGGAUUACAUAGAAGGUUGUGUGGCACAAUAUGUCGGAAGUAAUGCGAAGAUAUGAGAAAGGU